AUGGGGCCAGCGACUGCUCUCUGCCUCCUUCUUCUCGUGCUCGGCGGCUCGGAGACCAAGCGCACUGCAGAGUCCAGGAAUGAUGAUAACAGUGUCUUCGAUCUCUUUGAACUCACUGGCUUCAUGCGGAAGGGAGCCGGGCGCCGGGGCCCCGGGGUGUACCUGGUGAAGGGUCCGGAAUCCUCCAGCCCUGCUUACCGCAUUGAAGAUGCCAGUCGCAUCCCCGCUGUCCCUGACUCGAAGUUCCAAGACUUAUUAGACGCCAUCCAUGCUGAGAAGGGCUUCAUUCUCCUGGCCACUCUCCGGCAAGCCAAGAAAAGCAGAGGCACACUGCUGUCCGUGGAACAGAAAGAUGGCUCUGGUCAUGUCUUCAGUCUAGUAUCAAAUGGCAAGGCAGGCUCCCUGGACCUGAGCCUUUCUGUUGAUGGCAAGCAGCAGUUAGUGUCGGUAGAGGAUGUCUUGCUAGCUACAGGACAUUGGAAGAAUAUCACCCUGUUUGUGCAGGAGGACCGAGCUCAGCUCUAUGUGGGGUGUGAGAAAAUGGAGAAUGCUGAACUGGACAUCCCCAUCCAGAACAUCUUCACUAGGGACCUGGCUAGCAGUGCCAGGCUCCGUAUUGCCAAAGGGGGAGUCAAUGACAACUUCCAGGGUCUGCUGCAGAAUGUGCGGUUUGUGUUUGGAACAACUCUGGAAACCAUCCUGCGGAACAAAGGCUGCUCCAGCUCCACUAGUGCAAUCAUUACUUUGGACAACCCCAUCAAUGGUUCCAGCCCAGCUAUCCGCACUAAUUACAUUGGCCAUAAAACAAAGGACAUCCAAGCAGUCUGUGGAUUUUCCUGUGAUGAACUUACUAAUAUGUUUGUGGAACUGCAAGGGCUACGGUCCAUGGUUACAACACUUCAAGACAGAGUUCGCAAAGUGACUGAAGAAAAUGAAAUCAUUGCCAAAGUAGUCCAGAUCACUCCUGGAGCAUGCAUUCAUAAUGGAGUCCUGCACAAAAAUAAAGAGGAGUGGACUAUUGACAGCUGCACGGAAUGUACUUGCCAGAACUCUGCUACUAUAUGCCGGAAAGUGUCCUGUCCUCUCAUGCCUUGUUCCAAUGCCACCGUGCCUGAUGGGGAGUGCUGCCCUCGGUGCUGGCCUAGCGACUAUGCAGAUGAUGGAUGGUCUCCUUGGUCUGAAUGGACCUCAUGUUCUGUGACCUGUGGUAAUGGGAUUCAGCAGAGAGGCCGUUCCUGUGACAGCCUCAAUAACCGCUGCGAAGGCUCCUCUGUACAGACUCGGACUUGCCACCUUCAGGAGUGCGACAAGCGAUUUAAACAGGAUGGUGGCUGGAGUCACUGGUCACCGUGGUCAUCAUGUUCUGUCACCUGUGGCACGGGCAUCAUCACUAGAAUCCGUCUUUGCAACUCUCCAGUACCACAGCUGAAUGGCAAACCUUGUGAGGGUGAAGCAAGAGAAAACAAACCCUGCCAGAAAGAUCCUUGCCCAAUUAAUGGCAACUGGGGACCAUGGUCUCCAUGGGAUGCUUGCACAGUGACGUGUGGAGGAGGACUUCAGAAACGAAGCCGUCUCUGCAAUAAUCCUGAGCCUCAGUAUGGUGGGAAGACUUGUGUAGGUGAAGCUAGAGGGACUCAGGUCUGCAACAAACAGGACUGUCCAAUUGAUGGGUGUCUGUCUAAUCCCUGCUUUGCGGGGGCUACGUGCACCAGCGCCCCUGAUGGUUCCUGGAAGUGUGGUGCCUGUCCUGCUGGCUACCAUGGUGAUGGUAUUCACUGCCAAGAUAUUGAUGAGUGCAAAGAGGUUCCUGAUGCCUGCUUUAUAUUCAAUGGAGUGCACAGGUGUGAGAAUACUGAACCUGGCUACAACUGUCUGCCUUGUCCACCACGUUUCACUGGAACACAGCCAUUUGGCCACAGUGUUGAGGAUGCCAUGACUAACAAACAGGUCUGCAAGCCCCGUAAUCCAUGCACAGAUGGAACACACGACUGCAACAAGAAUGCCAAAUGCAAUUACCUUGGCCACUUCAGUGACCCCAUGUAUCGCUGUGAAUGUAAACCAGGCUAUGCUGGCAAUGGCAUCAUCUGUGGAGAAGAUACUGACUUGGAUGGAUGGCCAAAUGAGAACCUGGUUUGUGUUGCCAAUGCUACUUACCACUGUAAAAAGGACAACUGCCCUAAUCUGCCUAACUCAGGGCAGGAAGACUAUGAUAAGGAUGGGAUUGGUGAUGCCUGUGACAAUGAUGAUGAUGAUGAUGGCAUUCCUGAUGACCGGGACAACUGUCCAUUCAUCUACAACCCACAGCAGUAUGACUAUGACAGGGAUGAUGUUGGUGACCGCUGUGACAAUUGUCCCUACAAUCACAACCCUGAUCAAAGUGACACUGACAACAAUGGAGAAGGAGAUGCAUGUGCAAUAGAUAUUGAUGGAGAUGGGGUGCUUAAUGAAAGGGACAACUGCCAGUAUGUCUACAAUGUAGACCAGAGAGAUACAGACUUGGAUGGUGUUGGAGAUCAGUGUGAUAACUGUCCACUGGAACACAACCCUGACCAGGAAGACACCGAUUCAGAUCUCAUAGGUGAUCAGUGUGACAACAACCAGGACAUAGAUGAAGAUGGCCAUCAAAAUAACCUUGAUAACUGCCCCUAUGUGCCCAAUGCCAAUCAAGCUGACCAUGACAAGGAUGGAAAAGGUGAUGCCUGUGACCACGAUGAUGACAAUGAUGGUAUCCCUGAUGACAAAGAUAACUGCAGAUUGGUUGCCAACCCAGAUCAAGCUGAUUCUGAUGGUGAUGGACGUGGAGAUGCUUGCAAAGAUGACUUUGACCAAGACAAUGUGCCAGACAUUGAUGAUAUCUGCCCUGAAAAUGUGGACAUUAGUGAGACUGAUUUCCGAAAAUUUCAGAUGAUUCCCUUGGAUCCCAAAGGAACAUCCCAAAACGAUCCAAACUGGGUUGUUCGUCACCAGGGUAAAGAACUGGUUCAGACAGUCAACUGUGACCCUGGCCUUGCAGUCGGUUUUGAUGAAUUCAAUGCUGUGGACUUCAGUGGUACCUUCUUUAUCAAUACAGAAAGGGACGAUGAUUAUGCUGGCUUUGUAUUUGGCUACCAAUCUAGCAGUCGUUUCUAUGUUGUCAUGUGGAAGCAGAUCACCCAGUCUUACUGGGACUCCACACCAACUAAAGCUCAAGGCUAUUCAGGUCUCUCCAUCAAAGUUGUGAAUUCUACCACCGGUCCAGGAGAACACCUUCGUAAUGCUCUGUGGCACACAGGAAACACUCCUGGCCAGGUGAGAACUUUGUGGCAUGAUCCUCGUCACAUAGGCUGGAAAGACUUCACUGCAUACAGAUGGCGACUUAGCCAUAGACCAAAGACCGGCUACAUCAGGGUUGUAAUGUAUGAAGGGAAGAAAAUCAUGGCAGACUCAGGACCAAUCUAUGACAAAACCUAUGCUGGUGGUCGGCUAGGAUUAUUUGUCUUCUCUCAAGAAAUGGUGUUCUUCUCAGACCUUAAAUAUGAAUGCAGAGAUUCAUAA